UCCCUGGCCGCUAUGAACGUAAAUCAGUGAAAAAGGGUUGCCAAUAUUGUAGUGUUCAGAUGUAACGCUAGAAUUUGUUGUAUUUUGUUGUUUUAACAAAUCAUUUUAUGUAGGGGAAUGCAGAUUUCCUUAGUGUGAUAUAAAUUGUCAGAUAUUACUUAUGUGCAUUAAAAUAUGCAUCGUAUCUGGAAGUUACAUUUAAUUGGCGAAGAAGAAUGUUACACAGAUUUUGUUAUGUCUCCAGAGUUUUUAUGUCCAUUUAAAACAUUUUUGCCAUCUCAUCUCCAACAGAAUGACAGUUUUGUUAAGGUACAAGGGUACAAGCCUAUAAUUGGAUAUGUAGUUUCAGAUGUUCUUCUAAAGUUUGUUGAUUUUGUAAUGUGCUACAUGCAUAUUCUGCUCUUUAAUUGUGUAGUUAUAGCUGCAGCAAGUAACAAUGUGAAAGAACACAUAAUUAGCAGUGUGCAGAAAUAUGUGAUUAAUAUUAAAAUUGUAGGCGUUUAGUGUACAGUAUGGAAGAUUUGUUUAAAUGCCCGCUGUGUGAAGUGGCUUGUGGUAAUAAGGGCAACCUUUUGUCUCAUGUUGACAAACAUAAAGGUUUUCCAAUUUCCUGCAUUAUAUGCCAUUCAGCUUUCAAGAAUAAAUUUGCAUUUGAUUAUCAUUUAGUUUCUGAACUGUGUAAAAAGACUAAGAAACAUGUAGGAAAAUUGCGAUAUUGCCCACAGUGCCCACAAACUUUCCCCAAUAGGAGACACCUUGACAAGCAUGUUGAGGGUCACAGACGGAAUAACUGCCAAUACUGCGAAGCUCGGUUCACAACACGGAAGGAGCUCACGUUUCACAUGGCUCAAGAGCACAAGAUGAAGCUGGAGAAGGCAAAAUACCAGUGUCAGUUCUGUGAAAGAUGUUUUGUAAAGCAGGUGACAUUGUUUAACCACUACAACCAACAUGCAAAUGGGAAGUUUGUGUGUCAGGGCUGUGGAUUAUUCCUGGACACAAAGGAAGAAUUUGAGACUCACAGGGAGAGACAUGAACAGGAGAGGCCGUGGAAAUGUACAAGAUGUGCAACAACAUUCUCACGUCGGCAGCAAUAUGUGGUGCACAUGGAGAGUCACGAGAAGUACCAGUGUAAGACGUGCAACAUGGGGUUUGCUGCCAAGGCAACUCUACAGGAGCAUGCAAGGGCGUGUCAGAACCAGUCUGGCAGAGAGAGCCAGCAUGAAUGUCCUGAAUGUGGCAAGAUAUUUUCACGUGAGGGGCAACUCAAAUUACAUCUGAAGGCUCACACAGGUGAAGAAGCAUACACUUGCUUAGUAUGCAAAAAAGGCUUGCAAACCGCUGAAGAUUAUAACCAACACAUCCAGGCAACUUGCCAUCGGAUAGCAGAAGACGACCCAAAGAAGCCCUACGAGUGUCAACAGUGUGACAAGUGCUUCAGCCAUGAUUACCUUCUGGAGGAGCAUGAGAACCAAAUGCACAGCACUACACACACUUAUAAGUGCACUUUCUGUGAUCACUCCUCCAACAGUAGGUCCAACAUGACACGACACCUAGCCUUGCACACUGAGAAGCGUCGUUUCGCCUGCAACCAGUGCGGGGCAGCAUUCCACGCACUCACCACUCUCAAAGAUCACUGUAACUCUGUCCACUCGCAGCAACGGCACUUUUCUUGUGACAUGUGCGACAAGAUGUUCAAGUUACAGAGCGAUCUGAGGAGACACAUCCAGAGUCACUCUGACAUGCGUCUCUUCAAAUGUCCAUAUUGUAGUCACUCAUACAAACGUGCAUCUCACCUCAGAAGGCAUGAGGAAUCUGCACAUAGGAUCAUCUUCAAACCCAGGAAACUGCAGAGACUUGGUCAUGAUGAGAAUGGUGUGUUAGUUCCUGUCGGCAAGGGAUCAAAAUCAUUAAGUGGUGAAGUGAAGGGAGAGUCCUCUUUGGUACCCGCAGGUCAGCAGUGGACCUCUCCUGCUACAUCUCAAGGGUCCGUCUUCACAAACCCAGUUUUGUCUCUGGUUGAUGCGGAUUUGGGCAAAGUGAUAACGUUACAGGAGGUAUGUACUGUAUCUGAUGCUAGUAUUCUGGCUACGACUGGUGACUUAGCAACAACAGAAGUGCUGACCUUGCCACCCGAUGACACGUUGACAACCAUCGUCACAUGUGCUGAUGGAACUACGUUAGGUUCCUUCCAGUCUGGAGAAAUGAUGCAAACAAUUGAAGUGACCUAUGACUUAACCUUCCCAACUUCACAGACUUUAACAACCGUAUUGUCUAGUUCUGAACCUCAGUUAGUGUUUGCAACACCGAUCACUAUGUCUCUUGAUCAGCACCAAACAGUGCUAACAGUGUCAGAGAUAGAUCCUACUAACAGUGCGAGUGGAAAGGUGCAGUUAUUGGAUGCACAUGCUGCUUCGAAACUGCCCGACACCAUCUUCAUUGAGGAAGGAAGACUUGAAGGUCUGGAGGAACCAAUGUUAUUAGAUGGUUCAGAGCCGGUGCCUCAUAUAAAGAUAGAGAAUUUCUCUGCUCUGGAGGAGACGGUGUUACAGAUGACUGCUGGUUCAGACUUGCCAGGUACGGCUGGCACAGUGUCGCGGUUACAUUCUGAGCAAGCUCCAGCAACAACAGGCUGCUCAGUCUUGCCUGAUGAUGUUCUUACAUCCAGUUCUCUGCUGAGAGAGCGUCUCAUUUCUGGUCCAAAGCCUAGGCCUUCAACUUUACCGUCUCUGCCUCUCGUACCAUCACAAUGUGAUGCUCUGGUUGCUAGUGCUGUGUCUUCCAUUUCUAUCCCAGCCAGCAUUCCUGGCAGUAUUGCCCAGCCUGAUUCUGGAAUAUCAACACUUCCUGUUUCAUCUCCUGUUCCUACCACAUCUGGAGCAGACGGUUCUCAUCUAGACCCUGUAUUAUCGAUACCAAAUACUGUGAAGCCUUUGUAUGCAAGCAUAACUGUUGGGAAUAUCGACCCUGAUUCUGUAAUAGCUUCGUUCUCUGUUCCAAAUUCCAUUCAGUUGUCAUGCGCUGACAUUUCUUCAGAUGGUACAAAUGUGGAGCCUUCAGUUCCCCAGAUUGCAAUCUCAGAAAGUGUAUUAUCACCUCACUCUGAUAUCUCUCAUAAGGGUGCCCCUCCGAGCACCGAUAUUACUGCCAUGUCUGUUCCAAAUUCUGCCACAGACCCCAUUGUACCUUUGGCAAACACGAACUCUCAUUCUUCCAUUUCUGCCUUUACCGCUCCAAAUGCAGUUGAAACUACAAUAUCUGGCAUUUCCACACAGGGUAUUGACCCUAUUCAACCUCUGUGCCCAGAUGUGUCCGACAAGCACUGUGAUUCUGAUAUUAGUGACAUGAAUGUGAACCCAUCUAUUCCGACACUAUCUGUUGAUGCUGCAGAUGUUAGUCUUUCUGGAGUAGAUAUUUGUCCCAGUCAGCCCCAGGAUGUUAGCAUGUGUAUCGAAGACACUCAGGCCGAUUUGGUGUUGGCAUCAUUGCCUAUCUCCACUGAAGAUAUUCAUCCCAACUCAUCACUUCCCAUUGUUGUUCAGUCCCCAUGUUCAGAUGAGCCUCCCAACACCAUGAUGCCAGACUUCCUGCCUCAGUCCUUCCCCUUUCUGAAUGUAGAAUGAAAUUCUGGGAUUUCAGAAAUCUUUUUAUGUUUUAUUUGUGUCUUUUGUUUGUUACACUUAAGUUACCUUGCCAUGUAGCAUUUCAUUUUAGAAUACUACUAGUCUGAAAGUUCUUAUUGAAGAAAAAGAUGCAUUGUGUGUGGUUGCACAGAAUAUAUUGACUGGCUUCCAAUCUUUUACCCAUAAGUGGUUCUCAGAAAUCUUUCACACUUCUUGGAAUAAAAUAAAAUACUUUCAUAUUGCCUUCUGGUAAUGGCACUGUGUUGAGGAAGUGCUGGCUUUAUCCUUAGGUUAGAAAACACCUUGAAGUGUGAAAGUCAAUUCUAUCAUGAAGAUGGAGGCUGUGUAUUCCUGUGAAAUCUUGUUAUCUCACUGUCCGUAACCAAGAAGAUGACAACAUGAAAUGUCAUUCUUUAUUGAGUGCAUCCUGUUGCGUAUUUGCAAACUAUUCUGGGCUACGCAGCAUAAGAGUGAAAACCACGGCCUAGUUAGGCUAAAGAUAAACACCCAUCAGUUCAUUUGCAAACUCAACACCUAACAACUGCAAAUAUAGAAUUACAUCCUUGUUUGAGCCAUAUACAACCUAGCAAAUAUUCACUCCAGGAUUGUUCAAUUCAUAUAUCCGUAUACAAUAUUUUUGAUAUUUAACAAUUUUAAUAACUUAAUAUGUAGUACUGAUAAAUGCCAAUAUUGUCGUCCACCAGAAAUCACUGUAAAUAUGGGCCCAUAUGAGAAGUAAGAUGGUUUGCAAUUCAAGAGAGCACUUGUUAAACAGUUGUAUUCGCCUGAUGAUGACCGGAUAAAAUGACCGAAACAUGUUGUGAUUUUAAUAAAACAAAUUGAAUGUUCUACAUUCUUUGAGUUUUGUUAGACAGAACAAGCAUAAUAGAAUAGUUUGAAUUGUCAUUAUUCUGGAAAAGUGAAAUAAGGUAAAAGGUAAAGCUGUCCCUGUAACAAGCUGUGGAGGCCCAUGUGGUUGUGAGACGUGA